ACAUGGACGGCGAUGGCGGCCGCCGGGACGCCCCCGGCGCGCUGAGGGAGGCCGGGCGGCGCGGCGGCGGCGGCGCGGGGCCGGCGGGCAUGGCGGAGCCGCGGGCGCGGGCGGCGCGGCCCGGGCCGCAGCGUUUCCUGCGGCGCAGCGUGGUGGAGUCGGACCAGGAGGAGGCGCCGGGCCUGGAGGCGGCCGAGGCGCCGGGCGCGCAGCCCCCGCAGCCCCUGCAGCGCCGGGUGCUGCUGCUCUGCAAGACGCGCCGCCUCAUCGCCGAGCGCGCCCGCGGCCGCCCCGCCGCCCCCGCCGCCGCCGCCGCCGCCGCCGCGCCCGGAGCCCCGCCCGGCGCCCCCACCGCCGCCACCGCCACCGCCACCGCCCGGCCCGCGCCCGCCGACCACCCCGGCCCCGCGCCCGCCGCGCCCGCCCCCGACGGCCGCCCGGCCGGCCCCGAGCAGGACCCGCCGCCCGCAGCUGCGGCGGCGGCGGCGGCGGCCAAGGAGGACGCGGGGGCCGCCGAGGCGAAGCCCGAGGCCGGGCGCGCCCGGCGGGAUGAGCCCGAGGAGGACGAGGACGACGAGGACGACCUCAAGGCCGUGGCCACCUCCCUGGACGGCCGCUUCCUCAAGUUCGACAUCGAGCUGGGCCGCGGCUCCUUCAAGACCGUCUACAAGGGGCUGGACACGGAGACCUGGGUGGAGGUGGCCUGGUGCGAGCUGCAGGACCGGAAGCUCACCAAGCUGGAAAGGCAGCGCUUCAAGGAGGAGGCCGAGAUGUUGAAGGGCCUGCAGCACCCCAACAUCGUGCGCUUCUAUGACUUCUGGGAGUCCAGUGCCCGGGGCAAGCGCUGCAUCGUGCUGGUGACGGAGCUGAUGACCUCAGGGACGCUGAAGACGUACCUGAAGCGCUUCAAGGUGAUGAAGCCAAAGGUGCUGCGCAGCUGGUGCCGGCAGAUCCUGAAGGGGCUGAUGUUCCUGCACACCCGGACCCCGCCCAUCAUUCACCGAGACCUCAAGUGCGACAACAUCUUCAUCACCGGGCCCACGGGCUCCGUGAAGAUAGGAGACUUGGGCCUGGCCACCCUCAAGAGAGCGUCGUUCGCUAAGAGCGUGAUAGGCACCCCUGAGUUCAUGGCCCCCGAGAUGUACGAGGAGCACUACGACGAGUCCGUGGACGUGUACGCCUUUGGGAUGUGCAUGCUGGAGAUGGCCACCUCGGAGUACCCCUACUCGGAGUGCCAGAACGCCGCCCAGAUCUACCGCAAGGUCACCUGUGGCAUCAAGCCAGCCAGCUUUGAGAAGGUGGUGGACCCUGAAAUCAAGGAGAUCAUCGGGGAGUGUAUCUGCAAAAACAAGGAGGAGCGGUACGAGAUCAAGGACCUGCUGAGUCAUGCUUUCUUUGCGGAGGACACGGGCGUGCGGGUGGAGCUGGCUGAGGAGGACCACGGCAGGAAGUCUACCAUCGCCCUGCGGCUCUGGGUCGAGGACCCCAAGAAGCUGAAGGGCAAGCCCAAGGACAAUGGGGCCAUCGAGUUCACCUUUGACCUGGAGAAGGAGACGCCCGAUGAUGUGGCCCAGGAAAUGAUCGAGUCGGGCUUCUUCCACGAGAGCGACGUGAAGAUCGUGGCCAAAUCCAUCCGCGACCGAGUGGCGCUGAUCCAAUGGCGGCGGGAGAGGAUCUGGCCCGCGCUGCAGCCCCCAGAGCCGCCGGACCCUGGCAGCCCCGAGAAGGCCAAGGGCCCCCCGGUGCCCCUUCAGGUCCAGGUGACCUACCAUGCGCCGGCUGGGCCUCCGGAGCCCGAGGAGCCUGAAGCUGACCAGCACCUGCUGCCGCCUGCGCUGCCCGCCAGCGCCACCUCCCUGGCCUCGGACAGCACCUUCGACAGCGGCCAGGGCUCCACCGUCUACUCGGACUCGCAGAGCAGCCAGCAGAGCUCCCUGGUGGUACUGAGCUCCCUGGGGGACGCCCAGGGCACCGGCAGCCCCCCUGUAAGCGCGAGUGAGGGCCCUGCCCUGCCGCACAGCGUGCCCUCGCUGGGCGCCUACCCGCAGCCCCCCAUGCCCGGCCUGUCCGUGGGCCCCGUCCCACCCCCCGCCCACCCUCAGAUCCCGCAGCAUUUUCCAGAACCGGUGCUGAACUUCACCCCUGUGAUGCCGCAGCCCAGCACCUCUGUGCCGACCGGCCAAAGCCAGCCGGCACCUGCCACCCACCAGCUUCCGCCGCUGGUGCAGCCAGCGCCCGUGCCGCAGGCCCUGCCCUCGCAGCCCGUGGCCCCUCUGCAGCCGGUGCCCUCCCACCUGCCCCCGUAUCUGGCUCCCACCUCCCAGGUGGUGGCCCCGGCUCAGCUGAAGCCUCUGCAGAUGCCGCCGGCUCCCCUACAGCCCCUGGCUCAAGUCCCUGCUCAGAUGCCUCCGCUGCCUGUCGCUCCCCCCGUCGCCCCUCUGGCGGCCGUCGACGGCCUCCCCGCUGCCCUCCCCGACCUGCCCGCUGCCAGCGGGCCCCCCGCGCCUCCCCCCUCUCAGUAUUUCUCUCCGGCCGUCCUCUUGCCUAGCCUCCCGCUCAGCGCCGCCGCCAGCCCCCUGCCCGCCUCCCCGGCCCUGUCGCUGCAGGCCGUCAAGCUGCCCCACCCGCCCGGCGCACCGCUGGCCGUCCCCUGCCCCACCAUCAUGCCCAACAUGGCCACCGCCACCGCCAUCCCCCUGCUGGCCGUGGCCCCGCAGGGCGUGGCCGCGCUGUCCCUCCACCCCGCCGUGGCCCAGCUCCCGGCCCAGCCCGUGUACCCAGCGGCCUUCCCCCAGAUGGUGCCCGGCGAUGUCCCGGCCUCGCCCCUCCGCGUGGCACAGACCCUGCGCGCCGCCCCCAUCCAGCCGGCACCCCCCACGCUGCCGCAGCCCCACCCGCCGGGUGUCGCCCACCUUCCUGAGCAGGGUGCCCCGGCCGUGGGCACGGGGAGCCAGACUCUGCUCGGCCACCCGCCUUCCUACACGGUGGACGUCACCGCCCAGGUCCCCACUGUGCCUGUGCCUGUGCCCGGGCCGCCCACUGUCCCGCCCGCCGUGCCCGUGCCACCCGCCGCCGCCGCCGUCCUCUCCCCGCCUCUGCCCGACGCCCCGCAGCCCGUGGCCCCUGAACAACUGCCUCAGCUGCCUGGCGCCCCGGUGCCGCCAGUGGUGGCCGCUGCCCAGAGCUUGCCUGUGCUGGGCACCACAGCACCGCCUCCCGCUGACCCGCUGCCCCCCAACGGGCCCGUGACUGCGGGCCCUUGUCCCCCCGUCCAGCUGACCGUGGAGCCUGCGCCAGAGGAGCAAGCCCCGCAGGAGAAGCCGCCCGGCCCCCCGCAGCACUGUGACAGCUACGGCGGCUCGGACGCCACUUCCGGGAAAGAGCUGAGUGACAGCUGCGAGGGUGCCUUCGGCGGGGGCAGGCUGGAGGGCAGAGGCUCCCGCAAGCACCACCGCCGGUCCACGCGCGUACGCUCCCGGGCCGAGAAGAGCAGCCGGCCCCGGCUCACCAUCCUCAACGUGUGUAACACCGGGGACAAGAUGGUCGAGUGCCAGCUGGAGACGCAUAACCACAAGAUGGUGACCUUCAAGUUCGACCUUGACGGGGACGCGCCAGAUGAGAUCGCCACCUACAUGGUGGAGCACGACUUCAUCCUGCCAGCCGAGCGCGAGACCUUCAUCGAGCAGAUGAAGGACGUCAUGGACAAGGCCGAGGACAUGCUGAGUGAGGACACGGAUGCCGACCGCAACUCUGAUCCGGGGGCCAGCCCACCGCACGUGGGGGCCGGUGGCCUGGGCGGUGGGGAGGAGGGCCGGCAGUCACAGGAGAAUGCGCCGGUGUAUCAGCAAAACGUUCUGCACACGGGGAAGAGAUGGUUCAUCAUCUGUCCAGUGGCCGAGCACCCUGCGACCGAGCUCCCUGAGUCUUCACCCCCUCUUCCUCUGGGCUCUCAGCAGCCUGAUGCCAGCCAAGAUCCAGCCCCCUGCCCAGACCCACUGUCCCUGCCGGAGCAACACAGCAUCCCUGCUGCUCCGCAGCCUCCGAGCCAGGCGGACCCCGGGGAGGCCCCGGGGGUCACACCCGCCCCUUUGGUGCCACCGUCCCCUCCCCUGGCGUCUCUGCCCCAGGACCCGGUCACACAGGCUGCUGGCCCCCCGCCGGAGCCGGCCACAGAGCGUCAGCCCCCCCAGCCCCUGGUGGAGACGCACGAUGCCCAACCAGCCACCAGGCCCUCGGGCACAGGCCAGGAGCCUUGCGCCCCACCUCCGGAGGGGCCCCCUGACUCUGCGGGUCCAGGGGAGCCCGCUGCAGCCAGAGAUGCCAGCACCCUAGGGGAACCGGCUUCGGCGCCGCAGCCGCUCCCGGCCUCGGUGGCAGCCCCCAGCCUGGCUGCGCCCGAGCUCCCCAGCCCCCCGCUGGGGCCCACCGCACCCCUGCAGCCCCCCUCAGCCUUGGAGUCGGACAGCGAGGGCCCGCCCCCCAGGGUGGGCUUCGUGGACAACACCAUCAAGAGCCUGGAUGAGAAGCUGCGCACGCUGCUGUACCAGGAGCACGUGCCCACGUCCUCGGCCUCCGCCGGCACCCCCGUGGACGCGGGCGACCGGGGGGACUUCACCCUGCAGCCCCUCCGAAGCGACCCGACCCUGCUGCCCCAGCCGGAGGUGGACAAACCGGUGGCUACCACAGGCCCGGGUGCCGUGCAGGAGCAGAGCACCUCCUCCUCCCUUACGGCAGAAUCAUCCUCCAGCCCCUCGCUGGGCUCGGACGAAGGGUGCGCGACCACCCGCCCUGCGCCUCCCCCCGCGGCACCUCACGCAGCCCAGGACGCCCCCACGUCUGCCGACCCUCCAUGUCCGGAGUCCAGAGACCAGAACCGCGGGGCGCCCCAGGGAACCUCAUCGGGGCCACCCCCCCACCAUAGCCCCGGGACACUGGCUGAGGGCGGCCCCGCCUGCCAGCCCCCAGAACCCGGCGCCCCGGUCUCGGGGUCCCCCCAGAAGCGGCCACAGGACAGCAGCUCGCCCGCCAAGACCCUGGGCCGCUUCUCCGUGGUGAGCACGCAGGACGAGUGGACCGUGGCCUCUCCCCAGAGCCUGCGCUACUCGGCGCCCCCCGACGUCUACCUGGACCAGCUGCCCCGCAGCCCUGACGCCAAGCUGCUGGUGCGGAGGGCGCAGACGGCGGCGUCCAUCGAGGCCGGGGCGGGCGAGCCGGUGUCCAGUGACUCUGCGGACGAGAGCCCCCGCCCGAGACCCCCGCCACACAAGCAUGGCUCUCUGGCUGGCGUCGGGGCUGCGGCUGGGGACCUGGUGAGCAAGGCUGCCGCCUUCCUGGCCGGGCCCUCGCCGGCCGGCUCUCCGGGCCUGGGCACCGCCGGCAGGACGGGCGUGAAGGUGCCCACCAUCAGCGUCACCUCCUUCCACUCCCAGUCAUCCUACAUCAGCAGCGACAACGAUUCCGAGGUCGAGGACGCGGACAUCAGGAAGGAACUGCAGAGCCUGCGGGAGAAGCACCUGAAGGAGAUCUCCGAGCUGCAGAGCCAACAGAAGCAGGAGAUCGAGGCGCUGUACCGCCGCCUGGGCAAGCCCCUGCCCCCGAACCUGGGCCUCUUCCACACGGCGCCCCCUGCCGGCCGCCGCCGGAGGACCAGCAGGAGCCGGCUAAAGGCGGGGAAGCUCCUCAACCCCCUGGUGCAGCAGCUCAAGGCCGUGGCCUCCAGCACAGGUCACUUGUCAGACUGCAGCAGAAACCCUCCCGCCAAGGACCCUGCUAGCGCCAGGGCAGGGCCCGCGGCAGCCCCGGAGCCCGGGGGGAAGGCGGUUCAGACCCGUCAGCCCUGCUCCGUCCGGGCCUCCCUGUCUUCCGACAUCUGCGCCGGCUUAGCCAGUGACGGAGGCGGAGCGCACGGCCAAGGCUGGACGCCUUACCACCCAACGUCUGAGAGAGUGGCCUAUAAGUCUAGUAGCAAACCUCGCGCCCGAUUCCUCAGUGGACCCGUGUCUGUGUCCAUCUGGUCUGCCUUGAAGCGUCUCUGUCUAGGCAAAGACCACAGCAGUCGGUCCUCCGCCAGCAGCCUGGUCCCCGGCCCCGACCCAGGCCCCCAGCCCGCCCUGCACGUCCAGGCCCAAGUGAACAAUAGCAACAACAAGAAAGGCACCUUCACGGAUGACCUGCACAAGCUGGUGGACGAGUGGACCAGCCGGACGGCAGGGGCCGCGCAGCUGAAGCCCUCGCUCAAUCAGCUGAAGCAGACGCAGAAGCUACAGCACAUGGAGACCCCGGCGGGCCGCCCGCCCACGCAUGGCGAGGCCUGGGCUGUCAACGCACCCCGAGCAGCAGUGGGGACGCCAUGUCUCGUCCCAGUGCUUGGCCCUCCGCCCGCCGUGGUCAUUCCUGGAGCUGCCUCGGCCCUGUCCAUGCCUGUGCCAGAUUCUGAGAGUGAAGAGCCCGACUGAGCCCCGCGUGUCCCGACGCCAGGCCCCGGGGGACGCUGGGAGCGAGCCCCGCUGGUCACUCACGCUGUUUUGUAACCACUUUCUAAGCAUUUUUUAUUCACAAUUGGAAACACAAAUGUAAUGCAAGAAUAAAAAAAUAUUUUGGGGGACAAAGGA